AAGAGACGAGAAGUCAUCGUCAAAGAGCGCAAAACACGCCAUUACAGUCAUCAAGCUCAUACUGACAAAGUAAUAGAAGGCUACUGCACACCUUCGGAGCUCCAUCAAACCAACAUGGCUGCCAACGCACUGCUUGAUACGAAAAUUCGAGCUUGGUUCAAGAUGACCGACGCCAAGAAGGACGGCUGUAUGUGUAGGGAAGAUUUUCAGCUUAUCGCAGACAGAUUCGUUGCAGAGUAUAACCUCGGCCCGGAGAAGGCCACGGAGAUCAGAAACUGGUUAGUGGACGGCUGGGACAAGAUCCUCCAUGACAACACUUGUGACAUGAAGGCCUUAGAAGCAGAUCUGCCAUUGGUAGUAGCGGUGAACGCUAAACUGGGUGCUGGAGAGAAGAUCACUGAAGAUGAGUUCACGGAAGCCUUCAUCCAACUCCGAAACAAAGACUUGUCCCUCGCGAAGAAGAGUCUAGAGAACAUGAUCGACGUGUUCUUCGACAUUUUCGACGCCGACUCUGACGGCUUCAUCAUCAUGCCAGAAAUGGUGGUCGCCAUGAAGUGCUUCGGUCUGGAGAGUUCGGAACUCGUCCAGAAGACUUUUGAGUGCAUGGACAAAGAUAAGGACGGGAAGCUGAGCAAGGAUGACUACAUUGGAAGUUGGACUGAUUUCUUUUUCGGUGAGGAGAGUGAGAAUCCACUUCUUACAUGCUUCGCUGCGUUCAUGAAUCCAGGUGCUGCGUCAUAGACACUGUUAGUCCAGACAAUUUAUGUGUUCAUAAACAAUUUUCAUAUUUUUCAGAACGUUUUUUUAAAAUAAAACAAAUAUGAUGAGGCUAAUACGUAUUAAAUCAUAUAUCUUUGAAAAGCCUUAAACAGAGCCUUUAUUUGAUAUAUAACAUGACACAA